CGCCAACCCCUCGCCAGACUAACAGUAUUUUCAACAUGAUAACGUUCCGCUAGUCAAAGCCAGUUGGAAGUAUUGUCUGCUUGUAAAUUUAUAUCUAUUUUGUGGUUAGAAAAGAUCAACAACAUGUCUCUCCGUGGUUUACACGUCGGUUCAAUGACGUGUUCUUAGAAUAUCGCUUUACUCGGUAAAAAUGCGUCUGUAAUUGUCACAUCUCUUCAUCGCGACUAGAUGUAGUAGAUAAAGGAUAAUAAUGUCUUUCAAAAUGGUAAAAAAUGCAAAUAUGCAAAAUGAAACGCGGUCGAAUCAGCGAGACUUGCAAAACGAGCUUCAUGAUUUGAAAGUGGACGAGCAAUCGGCAGGUAUACAAGAGAAAGAGCCAAAGAUGCAGUCCUCAAAUAUGUUGGAUAAAACAAAUUCAGAGGACACUGUUCAAGGGCUGAAAAAUCAACUUGAAACUCUAAUGAAUUCCUUGGCGGUGUUAUCGACUGAAAAGUCAAGGAUGGAGGCAAAUUUUCAGACCGAAAAGAAGCAAAUUCGAAGCGAACGCGAAGAGCACGAAAGAGUAACAAAGAAUUUGAAAGAAAAGCUAAAGCGUAUUCAAGGUCAUGCUACGUCGGAAGUCGAACAUCUGAAAUAUAAAUUAAUUAUGGAGCGGCAUGAGAGAGAGAAGGAACAAAGUGAACACGCCGCGUCGAUUAAAGAAUUACAUAAAAAGAUUCAUAACGAGCAAAGAGUAAGAGAUCAAUUAGAAGUGCAAUUGAAGGAAUUAAAGUUUUUGAUGCCUAGCAAGUCCCAAAAUAGAAUAUUAGAGGCGGAGCUUGACGUGGUGAAGAAUAAAUUAAAGCAAGCGGAAGCAGCCGUCAACGAAGCACCUACAACGCUAUUGAAGCUUCAAUCGGAAAUGUCCACGAUGAAAAAGAGGCAUAAGGCUGCGAUUCUAGAGGAACAGAAAAAACUUACAGCUGCGGAACAAGAAAUGAGAUCGUUGUCUGCGAGUCAUGAAUCGAGAGUUGCUGGUUUAGAAGGUCGAUUAGCAGAAUUGUCGGAUAUUGUCGGUGGUUACGACAGACUUCGUCAAGAGGAUCAAAAGACUAUUUAUAAAUUAAAAGAUCAAUUAAUUGUAUUACAAAAUAAUAAUAAGCAAAGCACCGAUCAAACUUCACACGAACUGGCAGAGAAAAUUAAAAGCUUUUAUUUUGAACUUGUUGAAUUAGAUAAAGGCAGUUCAUGUUCCAACGUUAAAGAUUUGCUGAAUAGUCUGAAACUCUGUGAUAAUAGUGAAGCUUUUAGUUAUAAAGAAAAAUACGAGACUGUGAUUAAAGAAUUUGAAGAAUAUAAGGAACGCUUUGCUGCGAACGAAGUACGAUAUCAAAAUCACGAAAACGGCAUUUCAAACGAUGAAAUGCAACUGCACAGAGCAAAAUCUCAUAAUAAAAAUUUAGAAGAGAAAUUACGUAUGCUAGUUGCCGAAUUAUCAGAGAAAGAAAGAGAUUUUAAAGUGAGAUUGGAAAAAGAGCAGCAGCAAAUGCAAGAGCAGUUUGCAAAGACCGAGAGCUUAUUGGUAAAAAAAGAUAUCGAACUUAAGAAUAAGAUAGACAAUUUAGAACAGCAACUUCUCAAACAACGCGAACGUUCGCUAAUUGUAAUACAGGAAAAGGAUAAAGAGAUACGAAUACUUAAAUCGUCUUUCGAUGCAUUACUACCUAAAAAGAAUGCGUUAGAUACGGUCAACCAAAAAUUUCAUUUGCCAAUGAGGCACAUAAAAACCGAAGUAACUGAUUUGGUCUCCGGUCUUUUAACCACUGAUAAUAAUCCUCCAAUGAUUCAUUACACUCAGGAAUUAGCUAGGAAGGAAGUUCAAGUUUCCAGCUUACGAAAGCAGACGGUGCAAAUGGAAAUAGCGCUUCGUGAUUUAGAGAGAAAUUCAUUUCACACGGCGGAAAAACACGAGGAGGAAAUUAAAAAAUUAACAACUCAAAUAAAAAGAUUGGAAGCUUCCAAAUCGCGGGAAGGUGCUAAUCUGGAGUACUUAAAAAACGUUUUCAUUAAUUAUUUAACGAGCGACGAUGCUGCGGGUAAGUGCCACAUGCUCAAUGCCAUAUCAACAGUUUUACAAUUCACGAUCGAAGAAGUGGAUAAAAUUUCCAAGUAUAAGAGAUGAAGUAUCAUAUUCAAUUGGUCCAUGCGACAAUAGCAGUCGCAAUGACGUACUCGAAGCCUAAAGAAGAAACAUCUAUACGUGCGACGCAUUCGCGCGGUAUUGAAUUUUGAAGCGGUGCAAGGAUAUGCACAUACGAAAUAAAUCAAUGCAUAGAGCAAUUCAAGAUAGCAAAACAAAGAAUCUACCGAUUCAUUCGCUGUUGUAUAAAGUAAAAUGCGAGAGCGAGCGCUGGUCGCAUAUUGCCGACUGUCUCGCUCAUUGCCACACGAAGGCGCGCGCACGCAUGAAAAAUCGCGUUUAAGAGGCGCACAGCGAGACAAGGAGAACAAAACACCUGCGCGACAGAGCGAGAUGGCGAGCACAGGUACGGCCGUGGAAAGAGACGCAGGCGAACAUGGAAGGAAGAACGGGAGGUGACUACGUGUGUCUCUCGCGCCGCCUUUCCAGGCCGCGGCACAGCCGGACGGACCGAGAUCCGUGUCAAUAAACUUGAAUCUGGCACGACAGGCCGAGAGCGACAGCUCCCUUCGUCCUACUCCACCUCCCCCACGACCCUCGUGCUUCUCUACCACGCUC